AGCGCGAGCUCAGUACAACGAAGAUAACCCAGCGAGUCCGUAUCGCGCGUCUCUAGCGAAGGGAGAGAAAGAGAAAGAAAGAGAGAGCCUGCACCUUAAAAUCAGCCCUUAUAUCUGGAGAGGGUCGCCGCAGCCUGGAGGGGGAACGAGGGAUUUGAUCGGCACCGUUAUUUUUUUCUUUUGUGUUUUCUUUUUUUUUUCUUUUCUGGGGGAAGGAUUGUGAACGUUUGCGUGCAAAGAUGAUGGUCGGGGAGAUGGAGGUGAAGGAGAGACCGAGGCCGAGUCCCGACUAUCUCAUGCAGUUAUUGAACGAGAAGAAGCUCAUGACGAGUUUACCGAACCUGUGCGGCAUCUUCACACACCUGGAGAGACUCUUGGACGAAGAGAUAACCAGAGUGAGGAAAGACAUGUAUAACGACACAGUGAACGGUCUGGUGGACAAACACCCCCUGGAGUUACCAGAGCCAGUGGGACCCAUUGUACAUCUACAGGAGAAACUCUUCGUACCGGUCAAAGAGUAUCCAGAUUAUAAUUUUGUUGGGAGAAUUCUUGGCCCUCGUGGACUCACAGCAAAGCAACUGGAGGCAGAGACUGGCUGCAAGAUCAUGGUUAGAGGGAGGAGCUCCAUGAGAGACAGAAAGAAGGAGGAGCAGAACAGAGGGAAGCCAAACUGGGAGCACCUAAAUGAAGACCUGCACGUGCUGAUCACAGUAGAGGACACACAGACACGUGCCGAGAUCAAGAUGAGAAGAGCUGUCGAAGAGGUCAAGAAGCUACUGGUGCCUGCAGCAGAAGGAGAAGAUAAUCUAAAGAAGAUGCAGCUUAUGGAGCUGGCCAUUCUGAACGGAACGUACAGAGACACCAACAUCAAAACGCCCACCCUUGCGUUCUCUCUUGCAGCAGCGGCAGCAGCUGCUCAAGGCCCGCGUCUGAUCGCGGCCCCUGCGGGUCAGGUCAUUCCCUCGGCCGCCCUCAGGCCCCCCACUCCGGCAGGGACCCCCAUCAUGAACAUCAUUCGGCCCACUCAGAUGGCCACUGUGCUACCCAACGGCACCCCCACCCUGGUGCCCCCGACGCCUGACGCGGGCAUUAUCUACACCACGCCCUACGACUACCCUUAUGCCUUGGCGCCCACGUCUCUGCUGGAAUAUCCUAUCGAGCACAGCGGAGUCCUAGGUAAGCGGGCGUGGGGGCUUGGCACUUCACCCUUCGGUGCCCCGCAAGAGGGUACAGCCGGGGUGUUUUACGGGGGCUUGUUGGAUGGGUCAUCACCCGGCCCAGUUCAGGACUCACUGAAAGGUGCAAUGGCUACUAAAGUGCGGAGACAUGAUUCACGGGUCCAUCCUUACCAAAGGAUAGUGACCACAGACAGAGCCGCCACCGGCAACUAACAAAUGACCUCUGAACUCUGAACUCUUCACCCAAUGAUGAGCCGCCCAAGCCUGCCUGCUGAUCAGAUUAACUGGUAAUUGCCUUUUGCUAGCCUGGUGGACGCAGAGAGAGAGGCACCUGUCCGAGCAGUGAUCCUAACAUAAACCAACAUAAAACUCAACAACCCUCCAUACCAACACACGUUGUGUAGCGAUAACAACGAUGAUACUCUUUGUUUUUUGUUUUUUGUUUUUGUUUUUUUUACUAUUAUUAUUUCUUUCUUUUUCUUUUAAAAUCUCAAAUGACUGGGUGGAUGUUAACAGUGAUGUUGCGUUGCCCAAAAAUCUGCACUGAAGUUUAAAAGCAAUAAAGAAGCGUCUUCUGCUAAUUCAGCCCUUAAAUGCAUUUAUAAUCACAAAGCUCCAAUUAAACAAAAAAAAAAAAAAAAAAGAGAGAAAAAAUACAACUCGGUGACCCUGCUUUUAUCAGAUAUAACGCUAAACAGGGCACCCAGAUAAUCUCUAUAUGCUACCCCACCCAUUUAAACGGUCACCAUGAACAAUCAGCAAAAGAAAAAGAAGGAAAGAAAUCUGCACUCACACCAACUUGUGUAUUUCCUGUCCUUCUCUGAUGUAAUCUGUGUUUUUCAGUUGAUGAGUUUUACUGUGCUGACACAUUCUGGGUGUGCCUGUCCAGCUGACUUAGAGCAUGGCUAUGACAAUGACAGACUGCAAAAAGCUUGUUUUGAUUUCUUUGUUCUGUUACUUCUCCCUAUUUUGUUUCUUAUGUUUCCAUGUAUCUUAUUAGCGUUUGGCAAUAUUUGCAGGUUUAUACGAGCUGCUCAUUGCAGUGUAUGUGCCAGCUCAGAAGGAGGGGGGCGAUAGGCAGAGUCAGGCAGGGCAAGAGUUGUUUGGGGUGAAGUGUUUUUUGGAGUCUUCAAAUCUAGGAUAUUCAGGGUUGGACAGCUGGGAUAUGAACCGGAAUCAGUUUACUGAACUAUGCCAUCCCAAAAACUCUCAACCCCUCCCCACAUACAGUGCCUGAACUUUCUACAAAUCUUUCUUUGAAUGAGCUGUGAGAUAAAAGAAAAAAAAAAAAAGUAUUAUGUGUGCGCAUUUAGCCAAAGGGUUUCCAUUUAAUGAAUUUCAUAUAUAUACGAGUAUGUAUCUAACCGCCAAGGGUUCUGUCAUUUUAGUCUAGAGUUUGAAAAGGUUUGAUGUCAUGCCUGUAUCUGUUUGUUAUAAUAGCAAAUCAAAAGAUGGAUGAAAUGGUGAUGGAUUGUCCCACAAGACGCUAAUUUCCUUGAGGAUGUACAAAAGCAAUGAACACUAAGGAAGAUGAAUGAGGUAGACAGAACGGGGGAGGGUUUAACCUCACUGCUGUGUACACGGUUUAUUUUGGUUUCUGUUGAUUUAUCUACGUUUUUGAUUAUUAUUUUAUUCUGUUGGAAUUUCUCUCCCCCGCCCCACCUUCCAAAACGAAUUGAACCGAGCUGAAACGAAAUGCAGGUGUUCUCGCCUUUUCGUGAAUCGCGAAACUCACGAGUGGGAAGCGACUGCGAGUAAUUUCGAUUCUUUUCAAAUUGCCCAUCCACAAUGUGUCCUGCACACCCCCCAGCUACUGAGCCCACUCUCAUUUCUAUACACCCUCUCAAGAAAACAUAGGAUGUGAAAGCCAUGUCUGCCUGUUCGAAUUGCUUUAUACAUACAUGAUAUAUAUAUAUAUAUAAAAUGUAUACAAAUGUAGAUAUGUCAUUGCAUAUUAAAAUACAGAAAGAUCAAAAUUAGAUACUUUUACAGGGUGCUGGAGAAGAAAUAUAUAUUUUUGGCAAUUUUAGCUUUUUAUACUUAACUUGCAGUUACAAAAUAUGAAACGUAAUACAAAAAAAUAUAUAUAUAAAAAAACAUUUGUAGAAUAGUACAGCGAGAGGUGGUAAAGAAAGGUUGCGUGACUUUGGAUACUAUUGGCCAGGGGGAAGAAAAACAGACCAAAAUAGUCAACCCUUUUUGAGGAAUUGCAUGACGUGAAGAGGAGAGAGGAGUACAGUUAGAGAGAUAAGUGCCUUAUUGACGGUCGUUUCUUUUCCGAGUGUUACAUUCUGUUCAAUAAGAUCCAGCACCAACUAGGAUAGCGCAGAGCGAGGGAGGGCUUGUGAAGAGGAAGCACCCCAAGAGUUAAACCACGAGGCUGUUGCAGUGUUGUGCCACUGAAUCUAUUCUAUGCAAAGGAAUAGCAGUCAUUUGACCAGCUAACUAUGUGCCAUGAUUCGUCUUCCCAAAAUUAAGUUGAAGUCUUGUUUUGUUGGUUUUUGUUUCGUUUAGUUUUUUUUCCUUUUUUAUCCCCAUUUGAACAAAGUGUUUAUUUCUCCUUUAUUUUAUUGCAUUGUUAUUCUUAUACUAUGAGGACAAAAUCGGCAAUGCUGUCUAUGUAUUUGGUUACUGUGAUUUUUGUCAAGAACAACUGCCAAUUAUGUGGAAGUCUGCCAGGUGUUUAAAAGGGAGAUUUCUCAAACGAUUGGACAUUUCCUGAAACCUCCUCUUGUUUCAAGAUUUGCAAACUGGAAGCUUUUCGAUCGUAUUUGCCAAAACGUACUUUAUUUUACGCCAAGGAAGUGUUUUUGCUUUUGUUUUAAAAGACUGGAAGAAAGAGGGGAGGUGGGGGGAGUAUUCAGCCUUUUUGGUGUUUCGCAAAGGAUAGAUGUAGCUUUACAGUGCACUGAUCUGAAAAGAGCAAAUAAUGCUUGGAGAGGGGAAAACUAGCAUUUACUCAAAGUAUUACUGAGAGGAAGGUCACUGGGAUAUUCAUCAGAGCCACAGUAUCAAAUCACACACUCGAGAUCAGCAGUUUUCAGUCGUUGAAACAACCGGAGGUGUUCACCGCAUUCAGUAAGAUUACGUUCAACUUUGUGUCCUGUAACCCUGGCAGUCUCUGAUGUAGUCACUUGUGUUACAAAAGGUCAAUUUUUUUUUUUUUUUUUUCUCUCAGUGUUAAAUACAUGUUUUUGAAAUAAUGAAAUGCAAUAUUAGAGUGGAGCAAAGAUGACUACAGAGAAAUGGACAGUAUUAAAGGAAUCCCCUCUGCCAUGUUACUACAUGCUGUUAAUGUUUUGGAGUUGGGUUUAGUCUAUCAGGUGUAUGGAGAAAACUCUGUUCUCUUCUGCCUGCCUACUACAUGUGUAAUAAUGUAAAUUACAGCCAUUGUUACAGGUUUCUAAUGUAUUUUUCUAACUUCAUUUUCUAUGUACAAGUCAUUAUUUCUGAUAUCCUUUUGUGAUGAAACCCACUACACUUUUUUUUUUCUCCUCCAUGUCCUCUCUCCUCUGCCCUCCCUCUCAGCCCACUCUUUACUCAAAUCUGUCUCUCUCAUUGGGAGCGUUGCCUUUUCCUACAGUUAUUUUGUUUUCUUGCUGAUUCUUUAGCUUGUUUAACUCAUUAGCGACUUAUUAGUUCCUCUUGUCAUAGGUAUUUUUACAUGCUUGCAUUUAGUUUUUAUGGUGUAUGCUGUUAUUUUUUUUCUUAUUAACCUCCUUGGCAUUUAUUUUAAUAAACAUUCUUAGUAAGAAUUUUACUAACUUUGCUGAUA